AUGGCUCAAUCGGGAACAGAAUUAUUCUCAACAUCUUGGACCUUACAUCGACUAUCACCUCUGUAUCAUGGCCAGGACAGCAACAGCUCGCUCCUGGGUGCGCCAGAGUGUUUCCGCGUCUACGCCAGCCGGCUUCGCGACACGCUCACAGGAAAUGUACUUGGUGGGAUUGUGCAGACUUCAAUACCGUCUACCAGUAUAGGUGGACUCGAUGACGUCCUCGCUAGAGCUGGCGCGCUCAAGGAAUGCAAGUGGACGAAUAUCCCGACGUGGAGUUACUGGAAUGAAGAGCAUUCUAUACUGGAAGACACGGACCAGGAGGCUUCCUUGACCCUUACUCCAGAUCAGUCUGCUGGCAUCCUCAUCAGCCUACAUUAUGAGAAUGCAACCUAUAAGGCUGCCCUUCUGGCUGGUCCGGACGGGUAUCAUAGCGAAGCGGACGGGACAGAGGGGACUACAUUUCUACCGCUGCUGGUGACUCGAAUGCCCAACGCGCUAAGACAGUCACUGAUAUCUUUCUUAUCUGAGACUUUUGAUACUCGGGUUUCUGUUCUACGGCUUCCAUCAAGCUUCUUAUGCAGAGCUCUUGAGAGAUACCUGGCCACGCUUAACCGGACAGCUACUCGAGCGAGGAGACACACUGCAAAUCAGACGACAGCGUCAAGCGUGGAAUCACGCGCAUUCAUAGAGUCAGUCAUUAAGGAAGUGCAAUUGACGCUCUCAUUUCCACCGCCGGUCUCUACGGAUCUCAAAUCGCUAGAUGUACAUCUUCCAAGGGAAUCUCUUAGCGCUUUCUACGAGCAUGGGCUUGGAAAACCUGAAGCUGAAAAUGGCAAGAGGAGUAAAGAGGCAGACACUCCUUCGACCCCGUUUUUGAACGCUUUAUCGGAAUAUUUUGAUCGUAAUCUUGCUAUGAAGUUGGAUCUAAGAGAUUUCAUGGGACAGCCUACCUCAUCAAAAGGAGACUCCAGACGGACAAAUAUCAAAUUAACCAGAGUCUCGUGUGGCGCGUUCGUGCUUGGUUCAGAAGGCCGAAUUAAGUUUCUUGCUAAUCCAGGGCGUACCAUCCUUCUGGAUGACUCUGACGAGGAAGAAGGGGACGGGAUUGAUGUCGACGAAAGGGAGAAGCGGUUGGUGUGGAAGGCAAAUGAAGAGUUAUUGCGAGUUUUAAUUGUGAGGGCUACGGGGUUGGGAAUGGUUGAUAAUGAUAGUUGA